AGUGGAAUCUGUGUUUGGGCUGACAGACAGACUGAGGUGGUAUAAGAGAGUUGAACCGAGCAAUGAGAGUAUGUAUCUGACAACAUGCUGCAGACACUGGUCCUCCUGCUGCUUCAGGCAGCAUAUGCUUUUGGAUGUGGCACACCUGCUGUCAAGCCUGAUACCAACAGAGUGGUCAAUGGAGAGGAUGCUCGGCCUCAUAGCUGGCCGUGGCAGAUUUCCCUGCAGGUGAAACAUGGCAGCCGUUUCCAUCACACUUGUGGAGGAACUCUGAUUGGACCUCGCUGGGUGCUGACUGCUGGACACUGCAUCUGGCCAGGAGAUGUGUACCGCGUGGUCUUGGGAGAGCACGACAUGAACCAGCAGGAAGGCACUGAACAGAUCAGAGAUAUUCUGCGUAUUAUUGUACAUCCAAAUUGGGACAUUGACCAUGUGGCUGAUGGCAAUGACCUGGCUCUGCUGAAACUGGAUAAAAGCCCCAUCAUGAAUGACAGCGUUGGCGUGGCCUGUCUCCCAGAGGCUGGAGAGAUCCCGACCCAUGGGACAUCGUGUUACAUCUCCGGCUGGGGCAACCUUUACACUCAUGGCCCCAUGCCUGACAAGCUGCAGCAGGCCUUGCUGCCCGUGGUGGAGCACAGUGUGUGCAGCCGCAGCGACUGGUGGGGCAUCAAUGUCAAGAGCACCAUGAUCUGUGCAGGAGGAGAUGUCGUAGCUGGAUGCAAUGGAGACUCUGGCGGUCCUCUGAACUGUUUGGGUCAGGAUGGUAGGUGGUACGUCCAGGGUGUAACCAGCUUUGUUUCCUCUCGCGUUUGCAAUGAAGUAAAGAAGCCCACCGUCUUCACCCGCACCUCUGCCUUCACCGACUGGCUCAGUGACGUUAUGAUGCAUUACUGAGGAUCUACCGGACACAGGACAUCAAAUCGAUCAAAAAACUAAUGAGGUUCCAGUGUUGUUCCUGUUCAUUUUCAAGUGUCUCAUCAGGGUCAACCACAGAAUGAUAUGUCUGUCAUCAAUGAAAAACAUUACAAAAUAAAAAUGGACCAUAUGUUUAUAUAAUGUUUAUACAGUACAAUAAACUUUUGUGUGUCUUUCAUCAGUGCA